UGUCAGCCUCACGUUUAAGCCGCUGCCGGUUUGAGUUGUGAUCCCGUGUCUGUUGCCUCGUGUUCCUGAUACUCUCCUCCAAUCUUCUCCUAACCUGUGCCUGCCUCCUUCGUACUGCUUCCGUUUUUCUCCUGUGCACUUUCGUAGCUGUUUCGUUGUGUUUCCGCCAUAUCCUACUGUUCUCGUUUGCCUCCCACUCUUUUUCUUUCCGAUACUCGUUGCGUUCGAAUGCGACUCCCAUUGCUUCCUCCACUUCGGCGCGUCGUGUUGGGUGAAUCUCUUGGCUCUGCUGUAGUCCUGCUUGUACAUAAUCUUCCUUCCUUCGCUCCCUGUCUGCUGGUUCCUCUGCUGGUCUCUGUCUCGGUAUUUCCUGCGCUACGUUCACCUCCCUAUACUCAGCCAUCUCCAUCGCCUCGAGUUCGGCUGUCACUGCAGCGACUGCAGUCUCCUCAUCCUCCGUUGCUCCUUCGACCUCAGUGGUGUAGCUGUCGUAGGCUUCCUGUACUUUCUGACCGUGUUGCUGUUCGUCAAUACUUGCUGUUUUCCAGUUUGCAACUUCCCACCACCAACACAAACAACCAUGCUGGACAAGACGCGUCUUGGGACUAUGAAGAGUCGGAGCCGGUGACAGGUACGAAACUCAGUGGCGGGACUACUCAAUACAACGCGUGGGGCGCAAUCAUAGCUCCGCUGGGGACUGUCCGUGAUAGCGAUAUCGUGGCCGGCCACAGCAUCGGCAAUGCAGUCCGUGGCCAUCUGAUUAGCCAGCAGUGACCCCUUUGCCUCCAGCCCAAAGAUAUCGAUGGGAACCAUUUAUGGAUGCAAACUGAAAGGUCUCGCUCAGUGGGCAGCAGUAACAGAGACCGCCAGAGCCGUGUUAGACAUGGUGCGGUCAAGCGAAAAGCACCGUCAGAGUGGAAGGAUUUUCCAAGGCGCAAGAUAAUUCAGGACAAGUAGUUGUAGACAUUUUGUGUGUAAGCAAGCACAUAGUCUUAGUUUAGAUC